UCUAUUUCAGUUUUGUGUUUUCUCAUUGACUGUUAUUUUUUUGAUUGAUCGCUUUCUUCUUUUCUUGUAAUCGAUCUAGGGUUUUUGGGUCUCCUUGAGUUCGUUGUUUUAGACGUAGUGGAAGGUUUUUGUCAGCUAAAAAAAAAGUUAUUCUUGGGAUUUUUGUUUUUAUUUAUUUAUUUGAGUGUGAAUUGAUGAUUACAUAGUUAUUCUGUGUUUUAUGGACUUAUCUGGUAAUGCUUGUGGGCUUUUAUAUGAAUUUGGAGCUGAUUUUCAGAGUUUAUAUGCUUUCAGUUUGUGAUUCGUGGAAAGAUGGGACUCUUUUAUGAAUUUGGAGCUGAUUUCUAUGUUUCUAUUGGAAUAUGGUUCAGUUUGUGAUUUGUGGACAGUUGGGUUUUAUGAAUUCCGAGCUGAUUAUUAUAGAUUUUAACGAGAUAUGACGGGUUUAUUGGAUGAUUUGUGGAACUUUAUGGUGUUAUUUUUCUGAGUUCAGAGCUGAUUUUUACGAAGUUUUAUGAAGAUGAGUUUAUAUUGACAAAAUUGCCUUCUCCUUGAGUGAAGGAUUAAUUGAUGCUUAAGAAAGCUUUUGGUAUGGAUUGCAGUUUUAUUUUGGUAAAAUUGUGGAGCUUUAAUUUCCUUUCAGUUUUAUUUUGUUUCAUGUAGUGCUUUUUAUUUUACGUGUUAAGACAUGGGCUUCUUCUUGUGAUUGAUGAAAUUUUAUUUGUUUGUGCAUAGAGCUAAUUUUUGCAAGAUUUUGGAUUUAUUUUGGACUUUGAGGAAUUUUGUUUCUAAUAUAUUUUGGAGUCAAGUAAUGGUCUCAAGACUAUAUUGUAUAGAUUUUUUAUUUAAUUUUAAGUUAAUCUGGGGUAUGUCUUAGUUAUGAAGUUGAUCACUACUAUGGUCUUAUGUGGGUUAUGGACUUCCUUUCUCUCAAAAAUCUCGAUCCUUAGUUCAAGAUUUUCUUAGCUUCAGCAAUUGGGAAACUACUUUUUCAUGCUACAUAGAUACUGGAUUCUCAUAAUGUGUCUUGUUCUUGCUAGUCCAUUGUAUUUGAUGAUUACUAUUUUUUACAUAUAUUUUUUUCUAUAUCUUGCUUAGGGGGGGUGAGUGGGUGUGUGGGGGAAGAAAGGAAAGGAUAGUGUACCUUUAAAGUCGUAAUAAGGCUAGAGGAUCACUUGCUUUUCUUAAACAAGUGGCGGGAAUCUUGAUGUAUAGUUUUUAGUUAAAUUCUCCAUCAACCUGGGCCUGUACUAUUCAGAAAGGGAACAAGCUCCUGAGUUUCCACCUCUAAGCCAAACUAUCUGUUUGUCAUCUAUUAUGGGAGGUACCAUCAACCUUGGCCAGUACUAUUCGACAAAGGAAACAAGCUCCUGAGUUUCCUCCUCUAAGCCAAACUAUCUGUUUGUCAUCUAUUUAUGGGAGGAAGCCGACAGCUUCAACGACAAAAGUGCAUGGCUUCACCAUCAAACUUUCCCUCAAAGGCCACAAACCCAUCACCCGAAAACUCCAAUGAGACAAGUCCAACUGAUCCAAAGACAGGAAUAACACCAUCACCUCGAGCUUCUAACCAACAAAGCCGAGUCCUUUCUGGACCAGUAGCCAUACUAUGGGACAUAGAAAAUUGCCCAGUUCCCAGUGAUGUUCGCCCUGAAGAUGUUGCAGGCAAUAUAAGAAUGGCUUUAAGGGUUCACCCGGUUAUUAAAGGAGCUGUUACACUUUUUUCAGCCUAUGGAGAUUUCAAUGUCUUUCCUCGAAGACUUAGAGAGGGUUGCCAAAGGACUGGGGUUAAGCUCGUUGAUGUACCCAAUGGCCGAAAGGAUGCAGCUGAUAAAGCCAUCUUAGUUGACAUGUUUUUGUUUGCCCUAGAUAAUCGGCCUCCCUCUUCAAUUCUUCUCAUUUCCGGAGAUGUCGAUUUUGCCCCUGCGCUGCACAUACUUGGCCAGAGAGGAUACACAGUCAUUUUGGUAAUUCCUUCUGGUGUCGGGGUCUCCUCUGCCCUUAGUAAUGCAGGUCGGUUUGUUUGGGAUUGGCCUAGUGUGGCUCGAGGAGAGGGCUUUGUGCCCCCAAAAUCCUUUAUUUCUCGAAACCCUGAGGCGUCCUCUUUGACGGCCUUUCUCUCUCUGUAUGAGCCUUCGGAAGCCCAACACGAAGAAGAGUCAAUCGUGUACAGGGGGUUGGCCCAAAACGAGUUCACGAGUUCUCACAUCAAUCAGACCUUUCGAUUUAACUCUUCUCAUGUUUCGUGGGAUCACCAAAACAGGGCCUCUCAGUCCUUAACCGAAUAUAGUGCCAGUAAUCUCAUGGCCGUGUCUGCUUUGCCUUCUUCAAGGUCUCUAAGCCUUCCUUCGGGCUUGAAUGAAGUGCCUUCUAGUGAGAGAAAUGUGCCCCCUGAGUGGGUUCAGCCUGGUGAUAUUCAGGGCCUUAAAGGGCAGCUCGUUAAGCUUCUCGAGCUUUUUGGUGGGAGCUUACCCUUAGUUCGAGUCCCGCCGGAGUACCAAAAAUUUUUUGGCCGGCCAUUAUAUCUCUCAGAGUAUGGCUCGUGCAAGCUUGUGCACUUGGUCAAGAAAAUGGCUGAUAAGCUUACAAUCGAAGGAAAGGGGCACGCAAAGUUUCUCUCUCUAAAAGGCUCCAGCCAAAGGUUGGACAAAGCUUCGGUGGGGGGAACACCAGGGAAGAGAGAGAAUAAGAAAGGGAAGGCCCAGAUAGAGAGUUGCGGGAUGAAUGAGAAUGAAGAGGCACACUAUUGCCAUCCAAAUGUGGGGUGUUCAUCUGAUGAUGGCUCAUCAGAAGAGGAUGGGAACCACGAAAACAUUUUCCGAGAAGCUGGUUUGGUUGGUCAGAUAAAGGAUUUUUCACGUGAGUUAGAGGAGCUUUUAGUGAGCUACGCAGGGCGAAUUUUGUUGGACAGUUUUGAGCUUCUCUAUAAACAAAGGUAUAAGAAGGUGCUGGAUUAUCGAAGCUUAGGGGUGGGGGGUUUGGAAGAGCUGAUUGAGAAAGUAAGGGAGUUUGCGAUUUUGCAUGAGGAGAUGGGGACGAACAGGAAGUUUGUUGUAGCAAGUUGUUUGGGCCGUACACAAUGAGUCGUUUGGUCAUACUGUGUUUCUCUCUCUACGUUCUCUCAACAAAAUAAGAAGAAAAAAAGAAAAGUCUCUCCCUUUGUUGAUAUGGUGGGGAGAGAUUUGUGGCUUUUAGUUGAGUUUUCAUGUGAGUUUUGGUAGGUGGUGGUGUUGUAGUUGGGCCGGUGUUGUCCAGGUAGCUCUCUUUCUCUCUCGCAGUCAGAGGCUUUAUUAAAUGGCUCGUUAUAAUCUCCCUUCUCUCUCAUCAUCUCUCUCUCUCUAUCAGGCUUUAUUAUAAUGCCUGCUUCUCAUUAUAAUCUCUCUCCAGGCUUUAACUAGGAUUGUCUUACUCCUAUCAUCUACUCCCCCACUAUUAUCAUCUCUCUCUCUCACAUACGCUCACAACAAGGCCUUCAUCAAGAUUGUCUUGAGUGGCUUGGUCUGCUAUUAUUCAUGAGUCUCUCUCUUCUCUCUCUCUCCACACAUGCUUUCAUUAAGAUCGCUUUACUCUAUUAUCAUCCAUUAGUCUUUCUCUCUGCAGCCUUUCAUUAAGAUUGGCUACCACUGACUGUAAUUUCUGUCGAGGCUUCAUAAAUACUGCUGUCUCUCUCUC